GGUAAUUUCGUACGUCGGCGUGGUGGUUUGGCGCCAGCGGGUUUCGCGGGACCACAGAACGAGAAGCAGAGAAAAGAGAGAGAGGAGGAGGAAAAGCUGACGACUAGAACCCGGAGAGAGGAGCCGACAGCCGGGGGAACCUGCGGCUGCGAGUCGGUGUCUCUGGAGCUUCUCCCCUGGAUCCCCGCGGAGUCCUGUCCCUGAAAGGUUGGCGCACAAACAUCUGGAACCAGUGGACACUUAAAUCUCACUCAGGCCUUGAGUAAUAAUGAUGGCGACGGCGGGGCCUCCGAGCAGCUCCAGCCUCCUCCCUCUGCUGGAGUCUCUGGAGGACAGCUCUGCUGGACAGUCCGAGCACACAGACGCCUACCUCACCAUCGCCAAUCGCCUCAGCGGAGAAGAAGCUCGCCAGUUUCUUCCUGCAGUUGAAAAGCACUUUUCUCGUCUGGGUAAAACCAUCUUGAACCACAUCACCAGCCCGAACGCGGAGCUGAGCCAAGCCGCCCUGCAGGCGUUGGGGUUUUGCGUGUACCAUUCUCAAGUAGUCUCCGGCGUGCCUGAAGACUUUGCAGCAGAAAUACUGUCAGCACUUUGCUCCCUGGUGGUGAAGUCGACGGACAAGAACACGUGCACCAGAGCAUUAUGGGUCCUCUCCAAACAGAGCUUUCCUCCAGAUGUGGUUUCCAAAAAAGUGCCGUCUAUACUGGGAACGCUGGAGAGUGUGUGGAGCAGAGACGACAUCCAGUCUGUGGUAAUGGAGCAUGAAGCCUUGAACGUUAUCAUCAGGUUGCUGGAGCAGGUUCCAGCUCCGAUGGGCGAUGGAGCAGUGCGGUGGGCGAAGCUGGUCAUUCCUCUGGUCGUCCACUCCGCCUCCAAGGUGCGUCUACGGGCCGCGGCCGCCAUGGAGAUGGGGAUGCCCCUGCUGCUGGAGAAACAGACGGAGGUGGCCGCUAUCAUCGAACCAAUGAUGUCAACGAAACUGAUCCCAGAGCUGCAGAAGCUUUUCAUGUCUAAGAAUGAAACGAACGUCCUGAAGCUCUGGCCUUUGUUUGUGAAGCUGCUCGGGAAGAUGCUGCACAGAGGAGGUCCCUUCAUCAACUCUCUGCUGCAUCUGGAGGAGCUUGGAUUCCGCAGCUCCUCCCCCACCAUCAAGAAGAUCGCCUUCAUCGCCUGGAAAAGCCUCAUAGACAACUUCUCCCUCAAUCCAGACAUCCUGUGCAGUGCCAAACGUAUCAAGCUCCUGAUGCAGCCGCUCGCGUCCAUCCACGUCAGGACAGAAGCUCUGCUGCUCACCAAGGUGGAGGUGUGGUGGUACCUGGUGGUGCAGCUGGGACCCAACCUGGCCCCGAACUUUGAUCAGGUUUCUGUGCCUUUGCUCCAGUGCACCAUCGGAUGUGACGGCUCCUCCGUCCCAGCCACUCCCUCUAGAUCCGUCACUCAAAAUGGUGCCGCUACACCUGGAACACCCAAAACCACAGCUACCCCGGGCUUCAACAGUCCAGCCAACACGCCUCGAAUGAGCCUGAACUCCACCGUCCAGGUCCCCUCCUCCUUCCCCUCCAUCCAGCUGCUCGGCCUGGAGAUGCUGCUCCACUAUUUUCUGGGACCGGAGACUGUUGCCACGGCGGCGAAAAGAAAACUCACCCUGAGUCUCGAGCCCCUGAACCACGCACUCGUCUCCGGCUCCUCCUCCUUCACCAAACACGCUGCUGUUCUCAUCUCAACCCUCAGAGAUGGAUUCAUAAGCGUCGGCAAAGACGCUCCAGAUGCUCUUUUGAACGUUUUAUGGACGAAUCUUGUGCGUUUUGUCAACAUGACCAUAGAGUCCGGAGGCAGUAAGAAGGACCGUCAGGGCUCUGAAGUUCUCACCCUGAUGCUUCAGGCUCUGCAGAGCAUCGUCACCUCAGAGAAUCUGCCUGCGCACAAAGUCCUGGUUCUGCUGGAGGCCACAGUGAAGGGAGUUCCUCAGAGAGUUCUUGGCUCCGCCUCUUACCAAGUCGGCAAGAUGGACGUGCUAAAUGGAACACCAGCUCUUUAUCUCAUCCUGCUCCUCUACAACAGCAGCAUGCUCUCAGCCUACAUCGAGGACGAGAGAUUCUUUCAGUGCCUUCAGACUCUGGUGGGCUGCGGCCUGUCGGGCCACACCUCCCCCCUGGCGUUUGCCGAGGCGGUGCUCGGGGCCAUCGGAGGCAGCGCCAGGUCUCUGCAGAGCAAGGAGCAGCUGUGGAGGAUGUGGAGCGUGAUGGUCGGUCCGCUCACAGACACCAUCACACAGUCUAACGAAGUGAACCAAGGUGACGCUCUGGAGCACAACUUCAGCGCCAUGCACUCUGCGCUGCUCUUCCCCGUCACACACCUCCUACGUGGAUCCCCACUGCAGCAGGCGUCCCAGAAGUCGAUGUUGUCCACGUGGUCCAAACUGUACAAGGUGUUCGCCCGCUGCUCGUCACUGGUGGUCACGGCCGAGGAGAACGUCUGCUGCGAGGAGCUCUGUGCGAAGAUGACGGCUUCGAUCGACAGAGACGCCCUGACGGUCCCUUCAACUUUAAAUGCAGUUUCCAGCCUCCUCCAGGUGAUGGUGGAGUGUGUGGACUUCUCUCCCUACUCUCCUCAGUUCCAGCAGAAGCUAAAGUCUCCUCACACUCCUGUGAACUGGAUGAGAAAGAGGAGCAAGGCUCUGGGGAACUUGUCCACGUUUCAGUCCCUGCUGGUCCAGUGUCUGGAGGUUUAUCUCCAGGCCCCCGACGCGUCGUCUGAGGCCACAGGAGUCUCGCUGGUCUCCAUCAUGUCGGCUCUCUUCACCAAUCUCGUCCUCGCCAACGUCGUCCAGGAGGCGCUCGCUUCUCUGGUUCAACCUCUCUCACUCCUCUACAAACACGCAGCCAGCGAGCCGCCCGAGUUCACAUCGCUGCUCCUGACAAAGCUGGAGAAGCUCCUUGGUGACGUCCUGGGCUGCGUUCAGAGCCGCUCUUCUUUGGCCUUCAACGACGAGCUGCUGGCUCUGCUCUCUCCUCUGCUGUGUGUGUUGUUUCCACUCAAGAACAAGCAGCUUCGCACGUCGGUCACCCAGUUCUGGAACGCCACCUUCGCCAACUCGGUCAGCCUCACUUACCCCGAAGAGAUCAGACCGAUCCUGAGCCAAGUGAAGCAGAAGAUCCCGAUCAUUCUUCCCGGCUUUGAGGUCGUCACCGUCUCCGGAGACCUCAGUGGCCAAUAUUCCAGUGAGAGUUCCCAGUUGGAGACCAAGCUCAGCGGGAUUCCCGUUUCGUCGGUGGGAAAGAGGGACUCGCUGCUGGGGAAGGACAAGAGCUCCACCAAGACGUCCAAGCCAGUUUCUACAAAGCUGGAUUUUGGCUCGCCCAAGCCCCCCCGCAGAGAGGUCUUGGAGGAAGAGGCCUCCAUUGACUUUGUCUUCAUUCCUCCUGAGACGAAGGAGAGAGUUCUGACCGAGCACCAGAAGGAGGUGAAGAGGACUAAAAGGGCUGAUAUCCCGGCCAUGUACAACAACCUCGACGCUUCUCUGGAUACAACAGUUUUCACUCAGUACACUCAGAGCCAAGAGGACUCCUCGGAGAAACUGCAAACGGAACAAACUGACAAGGUCACCAAAGAGGCCCCUGACAAGGUUCCACAGGAAGAUGAUGCUGAAAUUCCAGCAAGAGAGAGUGGAGACUGUUCCAGCCCGAAAGAAACAGAAAAAGAGACGGAGAAGCAUGAAGAAAUGAUCCCUGAGCCAGCAGAUGUUUCCAUGGAGGAAGAUGCCAAGAGUGAUACAGCAGAAGACAUGGACAUGCAGUCUAAAGAAGGCUCAAGUCCUAACAUCUCUAGCUCCUCAGAUCUGGUCUCGGGGACUCCUCAGAAACCCAACAGUCGCCGUCAGUCCUUUAUCACUCUGGAGAAGUAUGCUGAGGGAAAACCUGCCAGCCCCAGCAGCACAUUCACAGGUCGCCUCGGAAAGUCCUCCAGUAGCCAAGAACGCUCCAAAACCAGCAAGGCAUCUCCUUCUCAGGCCUCCCAGAGUCCAGACUCUCUGGAUUCCCAAACCCCUGGGAAAAUGGACUCGCAGAAUCCUGUUAACGAUGCCACAGAGUCCCCUCGACGACCUAAAGACUCUGGGAUUAAGAGUGAGCCUGUCCGGCUGACUGAGAGACUGCCCAGUGACACGACAGAGGACGAAGACGUUAUCCCAGACACCCAAACUGACGCAGAGGAUAUGCAGCCGUCGAGUCAGGAAGAGGAAUUGAACGAUUCUCAGGCCUCUAUGUCGCAGGCUUCUCAAGGUGAAACCAGACGCUCUGGGCGCCGCAAAGUCAAACCUGUGCUGUCCGGAGAGGACCCCGAAGCCCAGGGAGAAAAGUCCUUGACUAAAAGGAGACGUUCUGGGGAGAAGCCCAACAAUGAUUCUCCAGACUCGACACAAAGCAGAGUAACCAGGAGAAGUCAGCAGCUUUCUGAGGAAGCCAGUAGCAAAGAGAGAUUACGAACGAGGGCUCAGAGGGACAAGAGCGAGACGAGCCAAACCGACUCUCAGGGUAGAGCCCAGAAGAAGAUCAAGCUGCAGAGCAACUCAGAUGAGUCCCUCGAUAAUCCUGAACCCAGGAGAGGAAGACCAAGAAGCACCAGAGAGCAGGAGUCCAGCCAAACUGUUCUGCAGUCCGACAGUGAAAGCCAGACACAGAAAAAGCGCGGCCGCCCUAAAAAAGUAUCAUCAGAGAUUAACAAGGAGGUGGCUGUGAAGACAAAGAUGAGGGAUUCACAUGAGAAAGAACAGUCGAGCCAAACUGACACACAGGUUGUAGAACAGAAGGAAAAGGAUGAUGAUGAAGUAAUGAACGACUCUCAGCUGACCACUCCUUCUCCUCACACUGGUGCUAGAUCCCAGGACUCUGAGGUUGGAGAACAAACUGAACAGGCAGACCAUGAACUAAUGAACGACUCUCAGAUAAUCAGCUCUUCCCCUCAAACUGGUACCAGAUCCCAGGACUCUGAGGUUGUAGAACAGAAGGAGGAUCACGAACUAAAGAGCGACUCUCAGAUGAUUACUCCUUCUCCUCAAACUGAUACCAGGUCCCAAGAGUUUGAACUUGUAGAACAAACCAAACAAGAUGAUCAUGAACUAAAGAGCGACUCCCAGAUGAUCAGCUCUUCCCCUCAAACUGGUACCAGAUCCCAAGAGUUUGAACUUGUAGAACAAACUGAAAAAGAUGCCGUUAAGCCAAAAGAUUCUCAAAUCCUAACCUCUUCUCAACCUGAUGGCCAAUCCCUGGAAUCUGAGCUUGUAGAAGAGACCAAAAAGGAAGAGUGUUCGAUAUCCGUCUCAACCAACGAGGCCCAAGACGGAACCGACACGACAAACGAGUUGGAGAACGAAUCGGAGGUCAAAGGCAAACCCAAGACCAGCGAUGGCGUCGAUGAUGACCUUAGUCAAGAGGACUCUGAAGUGAUCACACCUGUAUCUUCUGAAAGCCAGUCUCGGCGUAGAUCCGGAAGAAGCAAGGCUCCAGCAGAGUCCGAAGACAAAAGCGACAGUCAGCCUUCAUCAGGAAGAGGGAGAAGGUCUACCUCAAAGACAUCAGCUGUCGGUCAGGCAGAGGCCAGCAUUGGUGGUAGAACCAGAAGAAGCAAAUCAACUCCUGGCUCCACCCCGGAGAGUUCUCAGUCGUUAGAAGUUCCUGGAUCAUCGGAGUCCUCCCAAGGCAGGGGCAGGUACUCCAAACGGAAGUCUUCCCAGGCGUUGGUUCCCAGUUUGGAGUCUUCAGAGUCUGAAAGCUCACAGGCCAAAGAAAUUUCUGUUAUGCCCAAAAAGAGAGGGAGGAAACCGAAAGUUUCACUUCCCAGUCCUCUCGCCGCUGAUUGUAAAAUAGAUGGAAUUGAUAACGAUGUAGCGAAGGAUGUUGUUGAUGAUUCUCAAGAAGAAGAUACGCAGAUCACAGAAGUCACAGCUGAAACCGUUUUAGAUGAAUCACAGAAAAGCCCAAAUGUUCCAGAUUCUGAAUCAUUCCAGGAUGAAGCUGAACCGGAGGAGCAACCUAACCGAGAAUCACCGAUGGAGGAAGAGGCUGAUGCUGUCGUGGCCUCAGAACCUGUCGUUCCAGAGAAAACUGAGAUCGACGACAAAGAGGGAAGUGAAGUGUCCCCCGGCAAGAAAGAGCAAAGAGACUCUCCAACAAAAACUGAUGAAACUUCUUCUCAAGAGAAUGACACUGAGGAUGUAGAAGUGCCUGAACCAGUUGGGAGCAGUAAUGAGCAGAUAGAGGAAACUGUGCCUCCUGCUGUGGAAACACUGGUGUCUCUGGAUGAGACGACGGAGGAACCUCAGGUCUCAGAGUCUCCGGAGGAACCUCAGGUCUCAGAGUCUCCGGAGGAACCUCAGGUCUCAGAGUCUCCGGAGGACCAAGCUGAAGACGUUUCUGAAACUGGGGACAGUGAUAAAGAAAAUGAAAACGCUGAUUCAGACCAAGAACAUCCAGUUGUCCCAGUGGAAGCUGCACCUCAGGAUGAAAACCAGGUUGAGAUUCUGAAUGUCACAGAUGAGCCUUCGAAGGAGGAGGAGCCAUCGGAGCAGCCCACAGAGCUCAGCUCGGAGGAAGACGCCGCACCUCCACCGGAGAAUGAUGAAGACGACAACCAGAUGAUGGAUGAAGAGGAAACUCAGGCGGACGACGCUGAGAACGAUGUCUUCGUUAAUUUGAAUGCGGCUCCGACUGAUCUGUGCGACGCUCCAGCGGAUUGUUCUGGUAAAGAUGAUUUUCAGGAUUCUCCCGUGAGGCACAAGGAGCUGGAGGCUGUCAUGGGCUUAGAUGUUGGCCAGAGCCCCAGCGGUGGCAAGACCAGAGGAACCUGGUCUCCCUCGGCCUCCCCCUCCACCAGCAUCCUGAAGAAGGGCCAGAAAAGACCACUGGAGGAUGAGACCCCCUCGCCUCUCGUCAAAUCCAGACGUGUGUCUUUUGCCAAUCCGAUCCAGAGGCAGGAAAUGGCCGACGACAUUGAUCGUCGCAGCCCCGCCAUCAGAACCAGUUCUCCCAGAAGAUCCAAAGUCAGCGGCAUCCCUCUGCCCAAGUAUGUCACGACUCCGACAAAGGGCUUGUUGAUCCUGAGCCCCAGGAAUCUGCGCAGUCCAGGUUCCAAGAGCUCCAAGAAAUGCCUGAUUUCUGAAAUGAACCAAGAGCCCCGUCCUGUCCCCAGAGACUGUAUCUAUCCGGCGCUGGUCGGCUGCUCUGCACCUGUGGAAGCUGUGCUGCCUCAGAUCUCCUCCACCUUGUGGUCUCGGGGCUUCGGGCAGCUCGUUCGAGCCAGAAACAUCAAAACGGUCGGCGACCUCAGCGCUUUAACGCCCCACGAGAUCAAGACUCUGCCCAUUCGCUCGCCGAAGAUCUCCAACGUCAAGAAGGCACUUAAGUUUUACGAACAGCAGCGUAAAGGUCGAGGUGGCGACGAGUUGAAGAGUCUAGAUGAACUGGAGUUGAUGACGUCUCAACUGGAGGAGACCAGUGCUCCUCAAAACCAGGAGGACGAGGACAAGACCUCAGGCGAGACUCUCGCAAUGGAGCUGGUGGACGAACCCGUUCCUGCAGAUGAGAGGUCGCUCCAGGACGUCUCCGAGGAUCAAACCCCCGACACGCCGACAGGAGGAGAAGACGAAGGACCGCUUCACGAUGACGGGCUCCUGUCGGACGUGGACGCCCUCACCUGCAGGAUGACGCCACUUGAACUCAGUCGCUGCUCGCCGCUGCAGCUCGUCCACAUGCACGAUCAGCUGGGCGGCCUGAUGAGCCGCGUGGUCGGCGAGCUGCAGACGCGCCUCUGCCAGACUGACGGCAAAACAUGAAGCGACCCCUGGUGGUCAGACUGCUGCACGGGGGGGCGUGAAGAGGCACAUGAAGUAGAUGGGACGUAUUCUUUUAUCCAGGCUUUGUGUUGAAUCAGCUGAUUUUACCUGUGGAAUCCAGUUUUCCUCGGCCUUUUCUCACCUCUUUGCCUUUUUUUUUUUUCUUUGAGAAAGGUCUUUUUUAAAAAUGAAUUUUAGCAGCACAUCACUUUUUAUCUCUGUAGCUCGAGCUGUUGGGUAGUUGAUACGAUUUUAAUAAACACUCGGAGGGAAGCACGGUCACACUUUGUAAAGCUGUGACUAAAGAUGUAUUAUUAGCUGUAGUGGGGACGGGAGUGUUUUCCCUCGGUAGACUCUGUAAUGAGGCGCUGGUGCAGUAUUAAUUAAAUAUACCCUGAAACAUGUUUGUACAGAUGAGGUCACUUCCUCCUGAGCCGGUUUUUCAGGCCGUUUACAACUCAUCAGUGCUCUUGUACAUUAUUGUAGCUUCCUGGUUUCUUUUCUGUCGUCUCACACAAACGUCUUAUCUCAUUUUUAAUGUAAAGAAACGAACAUUAGAACUGUGUGCACUUCUUUAUCUGUGACUUUUAAAUACUUUAAAUAAAAAAACUGACGAGGACUUUUAAAAGAAACGUUUUAAAAGUAAAGCUUUUUUUUUUUUUUUAUUUAACGCGAGAAAGAAGCAGGUAAGUUUUGGGAGGAACGUUUUAAAACAUUUGGAUGGACACUAAUGUUUAGUUUUAUCAAUUUUGAAUAAAAGGGAAGAUGAUCUUGCAAA